UCCCAUGGGUCAUGGUGCCUGAUGUGUAGUACAGAUUCCCUCCCUCAGGGAGGGGUUCUGUAUUUGUGCAACCCCUCCUCCAUAGGUCGUUGCAUGGGGGGAGGUGAGGUUUUCGGCAAAAAUACAACUACAUCUGUCUCUCCUCCCUGUCUGUUUAAUUCUUCGUUGUGGAGUAGCUGUCCUGCUCAGAGAUAAUUGUUUUAUAUGUAGCUGUAGAUAUAUUGUGUCUGUUGAGGGAAAGGAUUUCAGAAGUUUUUAUGUGACUAUCUUGAAUGAUCUCCCUGUUUGCCUGUGUUCUUUUUUUUUUUUUUUAGAUUUUAUUUAUUUAGUCGUGAGAGAGGCAGACACACAGGCAGAGGGAGAAGCAGGCUCCAAGCAGGGAGCCCAACAAGGGACUUGAUCCCAGGACCUCGACCCAGGCCACCUGCGUCUUCUUGAAUGGCAUUUUUAGUAAGCAAAGAAUGCUAGUAGUGCUAAGUUGCCAGUGGAAACUGCCCAUGGGCCACAUGAGAGACCACGGAUCCUGUAAUGCUGGGAGGCAUAAAGCUGGCACAGAAGUGCUGCAGAGAGGCUGUCACCAGUUAGAGGGAAGGAGCCAGAGAAGCAAGAGGUGUGGCAACAGCCAAGGGUCUUCAAAGGUAGAUGGACUGUGCACUCCCUUCCUGAAUGGGAGACCAGCAGAGAGACCUUGGGGGCACGCCCUGCCCAGCCCUGCCCAGCCUCGCCCAGGCUCCAGCCGGAGGCUCCGCCCCAGGCCAUGGCCUUCCACUUACUCACGUGACCAUGCCACAGGCAUGCAGAGAGGCAGGCUGAGCUCUGCCAGGCCAGCAGGGUCCGUGCCAGGCCUGGUGGACUUCGAGGACAAGGAGCAGGUGAAGGCCUUUCUGGAGAACGUGGUGGAGUGCAAGUACCAGUGCUACUGUGAGAAGGACCCGAAUGGACAGAAAGUUAUCUAAGCUCAAUAGUUCUGAGAAAUGUCUUCAUCUAGGAGCAUUCCCUCUGUUUCUUAGAAGUUUGAAUUUGGGAGAAAGGUUGACAAUCUGGGGGAAAAAAAAGACGAAGCGAAAGGAACAGCAUGCUCAGGAGGGCACACACCACGCCAGUUCCCUUGCUUCUAAUGGUUAUCACGUACCAACCCAAGUGGCUGCCGCCUUAUUAAUCAUCAUAUUCAUGAAAAGCUCUACUACUAUGAGAAGUAGAACCCUGUGCCCAUCCUCCACAGCACAGCAGUCUUGGCUGAUGAUGUAAGUGUGCCUUUCGGAGCUCCCUGCCACCCGGCUCCCUUGGGCCCGGUCCUGAGCAGAGCUCUUCCUGGCGCAGACACAAGUGUGAGAUCCUGGGAGUGAAAACCAGAAGCCGCUGCAAAUGUUUCCAAAAGUCCUGUCACCGAGGACCUUAUGCGGAUACUGUGCUGAUUUGCAUUCACUCUCCUGCUCAAAAAAUUGUGCGUGGGGAUGUCCUCUGUUCUACCUGGGUGGCUACAGUAGCAGAAGUCUGAGGCUAGAACUCUCUGGGCAGAGAGAAACUGUCAGCUACUAGUGUUCUGAGAAAGGCACAGGCAGGAGGAAUGCUUUGGAGAAAUAAAGACAAAUCAGCUAGGUCUGUUGCUGACAGUGCUAAAAACUGACAGAUACGCUAGUGUCGGAACGAGGCCUGAUGAAAUACAUAAAAAGACAGGAUUGUUUUCAAAAUGAAGUAUAAAGCAUCAUAAUGAUUUAUGGAUAUUAGACCUUUCCACAUUACCUUCAUAACCAAAGAAUAAGUGACAGAAGCAGUUAGCAUUGAUGGAGUAAUUUCCUGUAGCUAUCAUUUUAUUUUCAAUCUUGGAAUGAAUUACCUUGCUGUUCCUUGCCGUUCACUUUCAAACUCAGAUGAAUUGAAAGCACACCUGGAUAAACUGUAAAGGACACUGAGGCAGAGGAGAAAUAGGUCUCCUGUGAAGGUCUGUAUGAGCUGUUGGCUGUUCUGCCAGUCCAGCUGGGGCCACGUGUGGACAGCCAGGAAGACCUGACCUUCCUCUGGGAUAUGUUUGGUGAGAAAAGCCUGCAUUCACUGGUAAAGGACGGCUCUCCACUUGGCGUGUGCCAUUGGGAGUGUAGAUAUGGUGAAGAUCCUGGUACUUUCUCAAUGCCAGCUAAACCUCCGUGAUGGAGAAAACAGGACAGCUCUCGUGAAGGCUGUACAAUGCCAAGAAGAGGCAUGUGUAGAUAUUCUUCUCAGAAAAGGUGCUGAUGUAAAUACUAAGGAUUUCAAGGACAACACCGCUCUCCAUUAUGCGGCCUAUGAGGGAAAUAUCUCAAUAGCACGCAAGCUGCUUUUGAAUAAAGGAGAUAUAGAGGCCAAAAACAAGGAUGGCCUCACACCGCUUCUAGUUGCUGUAAAUGAAAAAAAAGAGAAAAUGGUGGCAUUUUUAGUAGAAAAAGCAAAUAUAAAUGCAGUUGACUACACUAACAGGAGUUGUCUCCACUUGGCCUGUGCCAAUGGCCAUGAAGAUAUGGUGAAGCUCCUGGUAGAUCGGAAAUGCCAGCUAAACCUCCGUGAUGUUGAAAACACGACCGCUCUACUGAAGGCUGUACAAUCCCAAGAUGAGGCAUGUGUAGAUAUUCUGCUGAAACAUGGUGCUAAUCCUGAUCUAAAAGACAUCAAGGGCAACACUGCUCUCCAUUAUGCAGCAUUAGGGGACAAUGUCACAAUAGCACAGAAACUACUUUUAAAGAAAGUAAAUAUGGAGAUCAGAAACAAGGAUGGCCUCACACCGCUUUUACUUGCUAUAAAUGAAAAAAAAGAGAAAAUGGUGGCAUUUUUAGUAGAAAAAGCAAAUAUAAAUGCAGUUGACUACGCUAAAAGCUCAGAGCUUGAUGCCAGAGUCCGGGAAUUGAGCCCCACAUAGGGCUCCCAGCAGGGAGCCUGCUUCUCCCUCUGCCUAUGUCUCUGCCUUUCUUUCUGUGUCUCUCCUGAAUAAGGAAAUAUAACUGAGAAAAAAAAAUUUAGAGAGUCCAAGCAGAAACCUCUGAAACUGUCUCCAAGCCUUCAUUUGGUAGGGUAUACCAAAAACAACCCUGCAUCCUAGCAGAGGUGCAGUGGGAUAGUGCUAAAGGAUGAAAGGCUGGUGAGCUCUAUCACAUUUCUGCUUAAUUCACUAGUCUGGCCCAUUCAGAGACAGGAUAGAUUGUGGCAAAUAUCUGUAGUUACUGUCAACUUAAACAAAGAGUAAUUCCAGUCAUAGUUAUUGUGCGCCUCUUAUUGCUUCCAGAACAGAUUGAUAAGACGUCAGGUACAUGGUAUGUGUCACCACUGAUUUGGCAAAUGCAUUCUUUUCUAGUCCGCUAGUGAAUCAGAAAUAGUUCAUAUUCAUAGAGUAUAGGCAAAGUGUUCAUUCAUUUAAUUUGCCUCAGCGUUUUAUUAACUCAUGGAGCUAGACCAUUUGAACAUCCCCAGAAUAUCUCAUUGGCCUAUCAUAUUGACACUAUGCUAAUUUGACAUGAGGAUCAGUAAGAGGCUAUAACGCUUUGGGCCCUUGGUAAGACGGCAUGAAUUGACAUAUCCGUGAAGUUUUGAGGCAUCCAGUGGGCAUGCCAGGAUAUUCUCGCAGGAGUGAAAGAAAAAUUGCCACAUUUUGAAUACCUUUUCACAAAGACAGAAACUGGGAGACCUCUUUGGGUUCUGGAGGUAGCAUAUUUUACGCCACUAAUUCUCAAUGCGUUGGGGGUGGGGUGGUGGGAGAAGAAUUCUGCUCCUCAGGGAGCAUUUGGCAGUGUCUGGAGACCUGUUUUUUGACAUGUCAAAAGCUGUACAUACUUAAUGUAUCGAAUUCAGUGAGUUUGUGGAUAAGUAUAGACCUCUGUGAAAUCAUCAAUGCCUUAAAGCCAUAGUCCUACCCAUCACCUCCCAAAGUCUCUUCCUGGUCUCAUUAAUUAAUUAAUUAAUUAAUUGGUAAGAACACUUAACAUAAGCUCUACCCUCUUAGCAAAGUUUAAGUAUACAAUGCAGUAUUAUUAGCUAUAGACACUGCUAACAAUAGAUUCGUCUGGAGACAUUUCCGAUCCUCACAACUGAGGAUGUUGCUGGCAUCUAGUGGGUCGAUGUCAGGAGUGCUGAUAAACAUACCCAAGAGAGGCCUCCACAACAAUCCACCAUGUCCAUGGUACAAGGUUGGGAAACCUUGUCCUACAUUGAGUACUCAUUUCAUCCAUACACCUUGGUGAAACUAAGGAAUGCAAGACUUCAGUGGUCUCAGAGCAGAUGAAUUGUGCAGCAGGUGCAGGCUGUGCUUAGGAGUCCUCACUGCUUUGGUCGCAGGAUCCAGUAGACCCUAUGCUAUUCAUGGUGUCAGUGGUGGGGAAAAGUUGUACCGUGGAUCUCAGGGCAAGCCCCUGUUGGAGAAUCAGAGCACAGGCCCUCGGGGUUUUCUGAUCUUGAGUCCCCAUCAGAAGCUUGCCUGUAGAGGGGUCCUACGGGAGACAGAAAUGACUUGGUUUUAGUAUUCCUUCUGUGCUAAGUCAUUGGCUGGACACAGCCUAGCAGAGACACAAGGCCUUGGUGUGAGUGCUACGGUGGAUAUGAAAAUGUAGCAGCUGUCUACAUUUUGAGCUGCAGUUCAACUGUGCUCUCUAUGGUAGAUCCUCUAGAAGACAAAUCCAAAGAGUGCAACUCCCUGGCCUCUAUAUUAGUCUGGGUCCAAUCGGAAGACAGAUAUGACAUAGUAUUUUAAACAGUGGAAGUAAAUAUAAAGAAUUACUAAAUGAUGAUGAGAUAGUAAU